AGACCGUUUCGGCUGGUUGGCUCAACCCACAGUUAGGGUUGUUGUUUCAAGACAUGAAAUCCACGAGGAUGGAAGUCAAUGUACUUCGACUGACCUUAUUUGCACAUUGGUCCUUUGUGGUUUCGCAGGCCUUCUCCGAUCAGACGUGUGCCGAUGCAACUCACGAUGCCUUUAGUUCCUUGCAGUUCACGUCCAAACAGGACACACGCAAGGACGGCAACAAGUUGAUCAUGGGAGACAUUUUCCACUUCAUAGACAAUCCUUUCAAACCCGAGAAGAGUCAGUGCAAGCAAGCAUCAGCCGACGAGUGUAAAGUCACUGACAGCUGCUGUAUGGGUGCGGAGUACAUUCCGAACGGUGGCCUGUUGGUGGAUUCCACGGGACAUGUUCUUGCAGUUGGGAAAUUGGACGAUGUCGUGCAAGUUGCUAGAGGUCUACCUGGUGUGGAAAUGAUCAACAAACUUGGGAAGCUCAUCAUGCCCGGCUUCUUCGACUUACAUGUUCACCUCCCUCAGUUAUCGAUGACCGCCUCCGCCGGCUAUUCCCUGCUCCCCUGGCUCGGGCAGUUCGUGUACGAGACCGAAGCGCAGUUCGCCAACGAGACCGUGGCCCGGUACCGGGGAGAGGAGUUCCUGGAUGCGUUGAUCGCGGCGGGAACCACCACGGCUGCCAUCUACAUGACCAUCCACAAGAAAGCGGUUGAGUUGGUCCAUGCCCUUGCCACUGAAAAGAAGAUGAGAAUCCUCAUUGGAAAGGUUGGCAUGGAUCGAUGUCGAUACAGCUCCUUUUAUCCUGGCAAGACAGAUCCUCCUCUUUGUGACACGGCCGAAGACUUCUACCUCGAAUCGGCCCAGCUGAUCGAGAUGUUCCGCGAAAAGCAGCAGGAUCCAAAAGUGAAAUCCAGAGUCAUGUACGUGGUUGCCCCACGCUAUGCUCCCAGCAGCACUCCAGAACAGCUGGCAGCCGCCGGAAAGUUGCUGAAGCGCUAUCCGGAGGUUUACUUUCAAACCCAUCUGAGCGAAAACUAUGAUGAAAUUGCUUUGGUGAGGACGAUGUACGGGCACUUGACUCCGGCCGGGAAGACGGAUCGCAUGAACGGGUCGUACCUGGAAGUCUAUGAUCACUUCGGGCUGGUGACGAACCGGUCGAUCUUUGGGCAUGUGAUCCACUUGUCCCAGGAGGACUGGGACUUGAUGGGUCGCAAGGGCGGCAUCGCAGCGCACUGUCCCACUUCGAACCUCUUCCUGGGCAGUGGCCUCUUCAACUUCCGUGCAGCCAAUGCAUCUGGAGCUCCCUUUGCGAUUGGCAGUGAUGUGGGAGCUGGGACUUCCCUCAGUAGCUUCCGAACCAUGAAUGAAGCCUACAAGGUCUCGAUCUUGGGAUCCACGUGGCUGUCAUCGCUGCAACCUCAUGGUCAGUUCCUGUUUGACAGGGUCCAAAUGGACGCUGGACCCUUUGAUGUUCUCUGUCCUCCAGCACAUGACAAGACCGGAAGUGGAGGACACUGGCCGAUCGACGAGAAGCCGCGUGGGCCAUAUGUGGAAGGCAAGGAUAGCUCGUACUACAAGUCGCAUAAGAAUGGCUGCUGUGCCUGCGACGAAGUGGAUUAUUCCAGAGUUGGGAAAUGGACCAUGCCGGCUCCUGAAGGCGCCGUUCAACCCAACAACAUCACUCUCACACCUGCCAUGAACUAUUACAUGGCGACGCUGGGUGGUGCCCGCGCCCUCGGUCUGCAGGACAAGGUGGGUUCCUUCUUCAAGGGCAGCGAAGCUGACAUCGUGGUGAUCGAUCCUAAAGGGACGAGCUAUUUGGAUUUCAGGCUCAACCACUUGUUAUCCGCUGACAUGUGGUCGCAGUUCUGGGAGUCCGCCGGAGCCAUCAUGAUCUUGGGUAGUCCUGAUGUGGUGGAGGAGACCUACAUCAUGGGUGUACCACGCAAAAAGGCUUGGUGAAGAGAUUGGCCAGAUGAAUCGCUUUGUCUAGUGUGUUCGUGAUUUGGUGGUCAUCACCUGAUCCCUUGCAAUGUUUUGGUGACGUCUGGGAACCAGGUAGCUUCUGCAGGCCCCGGUGAAGGGGUCACUUUCAAAUCCGGACAGUCUUGUACCAUAGCUUGGCAGGGAAGCAGAGUGAACUUCAAAAGCAUGUUCUCUCUUUCUUUCCAGCCACUUUUUCAGGGCUCCUGUCGUCCCAACUCUUGAACUGGCCA